UUUUAAACAGCAUGUAUUCUUCUGUUAGUAUCAUACAUAAAAAUAACUAUAUACAUACAUGUGUAAUGCAUAUUUGACAUAUAUACAUAUGUAUCUAAAUUAUCAAUUUUAACUCGACAUCUCCUGUGAUAUAUUUUGGGGCUAAGUUUGAGAUACAGUAGGUAUUCAAAGCAGUUUCUCUGGAGUUUGCACACCCCAACCUCCCCCUAUUUCCAUGCGUACUUUGACCUGUUCCCUCUUUACAUGUAGAAUUGGGAACUUCUGAGAUCUGCUCAGCACUCAGCAAAAUAACGUAGAAGUGCAGCAGGUACCACGUUCCUGACCCCGGGGUCUGAUACCGCGUCCGCACUUCUCUUCCGUGGGAAGGCGGGAGCCUCGCACUCGUUGCCGGGCGCUAUCCCAGGGGGCUGGGCCGGGCCCGGGGCGCCCCUUCGUUCCUCGCCUGUCCCGUCCGCUGGAGGUUUCUGUCUGCUCUCGGGUGGGCGGCGUGGGCUUCCCGUUUGCUGUCGGCCAGGAUUGAGGUGCUCGCGUUCUGUCGCCCGCAGGCUCCUGGCAGAGUGGGACGCACCGGGGAAAGGCGGACGGCGGCGCCGGCGGCCCCGAGGCGGCCCGGGCGGGCGGAGCCGUGCCCGGCGCUAGGACCCAGCAGGACGCGAGGCGGCUCUUCGGGCCGGAUCACAAAUUCGUCGUGACUCAGUCUCUGCUCAGCGCGGAGGCAGCGGGAGCAGGUCGGUGUCCUACGUCUAUCCAGCGGCUGCUGGGGCAGCCAAGAUGGAGUACGAGUGGAAGCCCGACGAGCAGGGGCUCCAGCAGAUCCUGCAGCUGCUCAAGGAGUCCCAGUCCCCGGACACCACCACGCAGAGAGCCGUGCAACAAAAACUAGAACAACUUAAUCAGUAUCCAGAUUUCAACAACUACCUGAUUUUUGUUCUUACAAAGUUGAAGUCUGAAGAUGAGCCAACACGUUCCUUGAGUGGUCUUAUCUUGAAGAAUAACGUAAAAGCACAUUUUCACAACUUUCCAAAUGGGGUAACUGACUUCAUUAAAAGUGAAUGUCUGAACAACAUUGGUGAUUCCUCCCCCUUAAUUAGAGCUACUGUAGGCAUUCUGAUAACAACCAUUGCCUCAAAAGGGGAGUUACAGAAUUGGCCUGAACUCUUGCCAAAGCUUUGCAGCCUGUUGGAUUCUGAAGAUUACAAUACCUGUGAGGGUGCUUUUGGCGCUCUUCAGAAGAUAUGUGAAGAUUCUGCUGAAAUUUUAGAUAGUGAUGUGUUGGACCGGCCACUCAAUAUCAUGAUACCUAAGUUCUUGCAGUUCUUCAAGCACAGCAGCCCGAAAAUACGGUCUCAUGCAGUGGCAUGUGUCAAUCAAUUUAUCAUCAGCAGAACUCAAGCUCUUAUGUUGCACAUAGAUUCAUUUAUUGAGAAUCUUUUUGCACUGGCUGGUGAUGAGGAGCCUGAAGUACGCAAAAAUGUUUGCCGUGCUCUUGUAAUGUUGCUGGAAGUUCGAAUGGAUCGCCUUCUUCCUCAUAUGAUUAGUAUAGUUGAGUACAUGCUUCAAAGGACCCAGGAUCAAGAUGAAAACGUGGCUCUGGAGGCAUGUGAAUUUUGGCUGACUUUGGCUGAGCAGCCAAUUUGUAAGGAGGUAUUAUGUCGGCAUCUUACUAAGCUGAUACCUGUGCUGGUAAAUGGUAUGAAGUAUUCAGAGAUUGAUAUUAUUCUGUUGAAGGGGGAUGUUGAAGAAGACGAAGCUAUUCCAGAUAGUGAGCAGGAUAUAAGGCCUCGUUUCCAUCGUUCGAAGACGGUGGCUCAGCAACAUGAAGAAGAUGGUAUUGAAGAUGAUGACGAUGAUGAUGAUGAACUUGAUGAUGAUGAUACUAUUUCUGACUGGAAUUUAAGGAAAUGUUCUGCUGCUGCUCUAGAUGUCCUAGCUAAUGUAUUUCGUGAUGAACUUCUACCACACAUCUUGCCACUCUUAAAGGAACUGCUCUUCCACCCCGAGUGGGUAGUUAAAGAAUCUGGUAUCCUUGUUCUUGGUGCAAUUGCUGAAGGCUGCAUGCAGGGUAUGAUUCCAUAUCUUCCAGAGCUAAUCCCUCACCUUAUUCAGUGCCUCUCUGACAAAAAGGCUCUUGUGCGCUCCAUUACAUGCUGGACUCUUAGUCGCUAUGCACACUGGGUAGUUAGUCAACCCCCAGACACAUACUUGAAGCCAUUAAUGACUGAGUUGCUAAAGCGUAUCUUGGAUAGCAACAAGAGAGUACAAGAAGCUGCCUGCAGUGCCUUUGCUACUCUAGAAGAGGAGGCUUGUACAGAACUUGUUCCUUAUCUUGCAUAUAUACUUGACACUUUGGUCUUCGCAUUUAGUAAAUACCAGCAUAAAAACCUGCUCAUUCUUUAUGAUGCUAUAGGAACUCUAGCAGAUUCUGUAGGACAUCAUCUAAAUAAACCAGAAUAUAUUCAGAUGCUAAUGCCUCCAUUAAUUCAGAAGUGGAACAUGCUGAAGGAUGAAGAUAAAGAUCUCUUCCCAUUAUUAGAGUGCCUGUCGUCAGUUGCUACUGCCUUGCAAUCUGGCUUUCUUCCAUACUGUGAACCUGUGUACCAGCGCUGUGUAAAUCUGGUGCAGAAGACACUUGCACAAGCCAUGUUGCAUAAUGCUCAACCAGACCAAUAUGAGGCUCCAGAUAAAGAUUUCAUGAUUGUGGCUCUUGAUUUACUCAGUGGUUUAGCUGAAGGACUUGGAGGCAACAUUGAACAGCUAGUGGCUCGCAGCAAUAUCCUGACAUUAAUGUAUCAAUGCAUGCAGGACAAAAUGCCUGAAGUACGGCAGAGUUCUUUUGCAUUGUUAGGUGACCUGACAAAGGCAUGUUUUCAGCAUGUUAAACCUUGCAUCGCUGAUUUCAUGCCAAUUUUGGGAACCAACCUAAACCCUGAAUUCAUUUCUGUGUGUAACAAUGCCACCUGGGCAAUUGGAGAAAUCUCUAUUCAGAUGGGUAUAGAAAUGCAGCCUUAUAUACCAAUGGUAUUGCACCAGCUUGUAGAAAUAAUUAACAGACCCAACACACCAAAGACGUUGUUAGAGAACACAGCAAUAACAAUUGGUCGUCUUGGUUACGUUUGUCCUCAAGAGGUGGCCCCCAUGCUACAGCAGUUUAUAAGACCCUGGUGCACCUCUCUGCGAAACAUAAGAGACAAUGAGGAAAAGGAUUCAGCGUUCCGUGGGAUAUGUACCAUGAUUACAGUCAAUCCUAGUGGAGUAGUCCAAGACUUUAUUUUUUUUUGUGAUGCUGUUGCAUCAUGGAUUAGCCCAAAAGAUGAUCUUCGAGACAUGUUCUGUAAGAUUCUUCAUGGAUUUAAAAAUCAAGUUGGGGAUGAGAAUUGGAGGCGUUUCUCUGACCAGUUUCCUCUUCCCUUAAAAGAGCGCCUUGCAGCUUACUAUGGAGUUUAACCUCAUGCACUGUAGCUGCAGUCCCAUAAUUAGAGGUCCUUCAGUCUGGGAGACUAUGAGGGAGCCUCUGCACCCAGGGAAAAUGUUACCCUUUACUGGGGGGAAGGGUAAACCAGUAGGGAAUACAGUACAAUCCCAACCCUACUGGGAGGGGCGGGAGGGAGGUGUUGCCGUCACUGUAUUAAGUCGAUGUUGGGAAAUGUUUUAACAUCUGGAGCCUUUGUGGGUGGAAAUCUGUCUCCUAUUACACCUCUGCACUGGAUGUGAAGAAGAAAAAAAAAAAGAAUCUAGUCACAAAACAGCACAUUCUGGAAUAUUGUGGGGAUUUGUACCAAAAUAAGAAACCAUAUAAUUGAACCAUAGGGAUACGUAAAGAGGAAAAAUAUUUUGCGCACAAUAAAGGAAACCUAAGAAUGGGGGUCACAAACAGUAAAAGGCUUUCUUUUUUGUUUUCUGUUUUUUUAAGUAAGGGUUUUCUACAUUAUUUCAUCCUGCUUGGGGAUUCCUAGAUAUUUGCAUGUUAAUGAAGAACUACACAAACGAAGUUAGUACAGUUAAAAUGCAGCUUGUGUCUGUAUUAGGAACAGGCACUUGCAGUGUACUGUAUAGAAACCCCAUCAUAAAAUAAUAAAGGUUAACUUGGACAAAAUGAAGCAACCUGCAAGCUGCCAAAUAAGUCACUCCUUUCAUUUUUGGGGUAAGGAGAGGUACACUGCAAAGGAAAGAUUGACAUCUUAAUUUUUACGUUAAGAGAAACAACCAAGGUAGUGGAUAUGAUUUUAUUAUUGUACUUUGUUAGUUUUGAUUUCUAGAGUAAGGCAUUAUUCCUAACUUGCAGUUUAAGGUUCAGGCAUGCGUUCUGGCUCAUAGUGAUCAGAAGUAAUUUUAAUUAGUGGGAAAGUAGCAUGCUUGCAUCACAUAGAGUGAAAUUGGUAUACAUUUACCUAUGUUGCGCCAGUUUUGUGUUGCAGUUUACCAAUUCAAUAUAGCCCUGCAUUUAAAAUUCCUUUCUAAGAUUCAGUGGAAUUUAUUUUUAUUAAGAAUAUAGAUAUAAAGUACUGUAGUUAACAAUUAGGCCUUGAAAUACCUUUUUAGGAUCUUUUAAGAUUAAGAUUGAUAUUGUAUUGUGUGUAACCUGCACAAUGUGGAAAGCUGAUAUAGCUGUGCAAAAUAUUUGCCUCUGUGCUGUCAGUGUGAUGUGCUUUCUGCAUGGUUAUAUACUAGUGAUUUUAUCAGAAUCUCUAAAAUGAGUUACAUGGUAAGACCUGUUAAAGGCUGCAUAAAUGUUAGUUGGCACGUAAAGACAAUUGUAGAAGUUGAUGACAAGAUUGCUAUAUUUGUGUUUAUUCCCACUCAACAUAUUAUCUUCUAUGCUUUCUUUUUGUUCAAAGCAUGAUCUUAGAGAUGUUUAGUUAAUGGAUGUAAUGCAGGGUAUCUACACUGUAUCGGCGCAUGUUGGUGGCCCUUUGUGAUGUAGUUAAAUGCACAAGGGUGCAAGUUUAAAGCUACAGAGUGAAAGUUGGUUUGGAUCCUCUUCAUUUCAUUUGUUUAGCUUUUCUGUUGUGUUUUUUUUUUUCUCUACUUACAUGUAUUCCUGUGAAUAAAUCCUUGUUAAGUUAACGCUUUACUUUUCCUUCCAUGUGUAUUUUCUUAUGUACUGUGAAUGUGAAAUCCUAACUGGUACACUUGAUCUUGUGUCCAUCUGAAAGUGGCAAGUCUUUAUUAAUUUAGAUUGCCUAAAGAGUAUCCCAUGAUGAUAAAGGAAAAUGGAGAGAUUUUUUUAGCUCUGCUGGUCAGAGGUGAAGCCACACCUUUCCAUUUUUCAAGUGCUGCAUUAUUAAUCUGCAAAACAAAAUUAAGCCAUAACAGCCUUUUUGUAGAUUUAGUUUCUCACCUUUGCAUUGCAGAACGGAUACUGGAUAACAGUUUUUGGUUUAGUUGGUGUUUUCUGGUUUGUUUUUAUUUUGGUUUUUUGGGGUAUUUUGGGGUUUUUUUGUGUUUGUUUUCUUUGUUUGUUUGUUUUCUUUUAUUUUUUUCUUUAGUUGGUUGGUUUUGGGGAGUGUAUUUUGGAGGGUCUUGUGGGGCGUUGUGGGGUUUUUUUGUUUUGGCUUGGUUUUUUUUUUUCCUUUGUUUUCAUUUGGGACUUGGGUUUUCUUUUUGUUGUUGUUUUUUGGUUCAGUUUUGGUUUUGUUUGGUUUAAAGUUUUUUUUGUUGGGGCUUUUUUAAGAACUUGCUCUACUUUGCAUGGUUCUGUUCUUUGACUGUUGAAUGAUUUAGCUUUUGCACUGAAGUUUGAGCUGUAUGAGAGUGAACUUAAAAAUGCUGUUUAAAGAGUUUAGACCUUUUUUUUUUCAGUGCAUGAUCACAUGCAUGUUUUAUGUCCUGUCCCCAUCCCCUGUCUCCCCUCCCCCCCCAAUUUUUUUUGGCUUUGCAAAUUUUAGUGGAUUAUGCCUGAAGCAUAGUUUGAACAUGUACUGUAUGAAAUAUAUUUGAUAAUACCAGUACAUAGUAUUCAUUCAAUUUAAACAAAAUUGCAUGUGAUAACUUGCUUUCAAGUUACAUUACUUUGAUAGCAAACCAAAAAUACCUUCUCAACUAAUAACUCUGAUAUGAAUUAGUAAAUUUCAAUUUAAAAACUUUAAUUUCUAAGAGAACAUCCCUGCCCAACAUUUAGCAAGGUGGGAUAUUGUUUUAGACCCAAACUUGCUUUAAUUUUAAGUGUGUUUGAACAUUAAGGAAGAGUUUCAGAGAAAUGAAAUUAAAAAAUUUUGUAGAAUAGAAAAUCUACCCAAAUCAUACAGUAGCAUAACAACUAAAAUCUGGGUUUAACUAAACUUUUUAAUUUCAGAAAGCCCCUUUAACCAAAUAAACCACUCCACCUCACCUUAGAUUAGCUUAGGAUGCCACUUUUGUACAUAUUUGUUUUAAUACAUACCUGUACAGAUGUGAACUGAUCUGUUACGACAACAAGGAAAAUAAUUUAUAAGGUCAGGAAUAAGUAGUACAGGAAUAAACAAAAUAGUGUGUUGUAUCAAUAAGUUGUCUCAUGGUAUAUUUUAAAUCAAAUAAACCAUAUUCCUAAUGCAUAAUAUAGUGCAGAGAUUUGCAGAAUCCUUUUAGGGUGUAAUGUGAGGUAAGAGAAGUUCUGAAACAGCAUUAAUAUUUAAAACUGAAUUAUUGCAUCAUGGGAUAUAUAAAAAGCAUCUUAAUUCUUGUGGUGUAGUCUUGACAGUUCUUGAAUGUUGACUGAAUGUUCUGGUAGAAUUGUGAGUUUGUCUUUGUUACAUUCCAGUGUUUCUGCCUCUUGGCAUGCUAAAAGCACGGCUUACUUCAUUUGCUCCUUACACACUGAAAAAGUGCUGUUAGUGUGCUAAACUACAGAAAUAGCCGCUGCUAUGUAAUGGUGUAGAUUUUCUACUUGAAUAAUUUUGUUGUAGGAACCUCAGGAGGUCAGUGUUUACUGUUUUUAUAUAUGCCUUUUUCCUGUUUUGAGUUUCCCUUUUUGAAGGAUUCUGAGAGUGAAAAAAAGCUGCUGAUCAACCUAAGUUGGUAACAGAAAGUGUAUUUAAAAUCCUUAUAAAUGCAUCUUUUUGGCAGUUCAAAAUUGCUGUUAAAUUAGUCUUAAGUGAAGUUCAAUAUUAAAUUUUUUUCAUAACACAGUCAGGAAACUGCUCAUGUCAUUUUGGAAAACAGAUUAGAUUAGUUCAUUAUUUUAACUAGUUCAAGCAAAAGUAAUCAGUUUUGUAUGUUUUUUCCAGAGCUUAAUUAUUUUCUUAAUCAGUGAGUAUGUAUAUAUUUAAAUUGUAAGAACUAACUCUUAUGCUUUAGUUCAUUGCUUCUUGAAGCUUGUACUCAAAAAUCACUUUUAGAAGAAUAGGUUAAAAUUUGUAAUCAUUAUAAUUUUUAAAAGUUAUGAAGUAGCAUAAAUUUUGUGACUAAUAAUAUUGAUACACACUGUGAUUUUUGGGGUUUUAGGACUUUCAUGUUAGCAUCAGUCUUAAUUACUUAAACUGCACAUAUUGUAUAAUAGUAAAAUGUAUAUUUUAAAGCUUCAAGUGGCUUUCCUCAAGCAAAACUCAAUGCUACUUAGAAAUAUUCAAAUACUAGCUUUAUCUCAGGUGAAUACUCUUGUACCCUUUUUGUUCAGAACACAUGCUUAUAAAAAUGUGUUGUAAUUUUAUCAGUUUAUGUAUUUCAUUUAGGCAUCUCUCCUCUCUUAAACUUACCCUAAAUUAACCUUCUACUGUAGGACAUAAUGACUUUUGCUUCACCUAUAUUAUUCAUAUUGAAUGUAUUAACACAUAAGGUGCGAAAACAUUCUUCCCUUAAGGAGAAUGCAUUCAUAUUCAAACAACCGAAAUAUUUAUUAAAAAAUGCUUUAAAUGCAACAUUAAAUUGGAAAUCUUUUGUUUCAGAUAUUUUCAAGGAAAAAAGUUAUAACUUAACACUAACUGCUUCCAUACUAUCUCUUUCAUAAGGAUGACAGCAAACUUUUAUAUAGGGUCUAAAGUGUGACUCUUUAUUUUAGAUGAAGGUUAAACCCUACAGUGAAAUGGCAAAAUAUCCUGCAGUUAAUCUCAGAUAGAUGCUGAUGUAGUUUGUACACAUAAUUGUUAUAUUACAUAACCUCACCUUAAAUAAAUUGAGCUUGUUCAGUAGCUAUGUAUUUCACUCACCUAUGCAUUCUCCAGGAUGAUUUGUAUCCAUCAGUCUCUAUAUUCUCCAGUAGAAACUACACUUUGUCUGCCGCUGAUGCUUGCUCUUUGCACUUAACGGUUGGAGCAGGCCAGUUUUAAAUUGGGAACUGAGGCAAGUACUCUUGUUACUUGCCUUGUAUAUCUCCUAAAAUAGUGAUAUUCACUCACUUGAAUGUAUGUAAUGAGGGAAGUUUGAAAUUGCUCUAUAGGAUGAAUCCCUGUGUGGUGUUACAGUAUGCUUUAAGUAAGCCAAAUCCACAUCUCAAAGAAUUCAGCACUUACAGUAAGUAUCAUUUUUCUAUAACUUGCUAUGUUGUGCUACUUUUUCUUUAGGCAUCUAUUUCCUUAUUUCAAGUGAGCAACAAAGUACCAAGGUUUGCAUGUUUUUUGUGAGGACAGCAAUGAGAAUAAAAAGGAGGUUUAUUUUGGCUGUUAAAAUCUGCAGUGUAGUAUCUUUUUUUGUGGAAAGAGAUAGAUAGUUAUGUUGUACAUUGUCUGACUUAGUGAUACUUAUAGAGACUUCUAAAAUUUUUAAUUGGAUGAAAUACACAAAAUAGUUUUGAAUGAAGGGAGACCAGAUCUUUCUGCUGACAACUUAGGUUGUAUAAGUUUUGCUUGAAAGCUUUAAAUCUUAUGUUUCUGUAUCUGCCACAAUGUUGGAAUGUUUCCUUCAAACAUAUCCUCCUGCAACCUCUCAAACUGUACUAAAUUGAGUGAUAUUUCUUGAAGUCUGCCUGUGUGCUAACAGAACUUCAUUUUAAAUAGAAUAUGGUUUUAAUUUUUGAUAAGCUGCUGAAUUUUAAAAGAGUUUUGGGGCCACCAAAUAUUUUGGAUCAUGCAGAGAAUAUAUAUUGUACUGUAGUAAUUUUGUAUUUACAUUUGUAUGAUGUGACAUAAUAGAUGUGAAUGUUAAUCACUGCUUGACUAUGUUAAUAAAGUUGUUGAAAUAUA